GCAUGAGUUUUCAUACCAACAUUCAUUACUCGUAGGUUUUUUAAUUGAUUGAAAGCAAAUCAAGAAACAAAAUGUCAGGAACUAUCAACAAGGUUAAGGAGACUCUCCACAUGGGAGGGCAGAAGAAGGAGGGCGAGCAGAAAGGGCUGUAUCAGGGAGAAGCUCACAAGGUGGAGCAGCACCACGGCGUAUGCAAGCCUGAACACGGGGAGCACAAAGAGGGACUGGUGCAGAAAAUCAAGAACAAGGUCCCUGGCCAAGGUGAUGGCGUGAAGCAGCAGCACGGCGUAUGUAAGCCUGAACACGGCGAGCACAAAGAGGGACUGGUGGAGAAGAUCAAAGACAAGGUCCCUGGCCAAGGUGAUCAACAUGGACAUGGCAUGCAGCAGCACCGCGGCGAAUACGGGCCUGAAUACGGGGAGCACAAAGAGGGACUGGUGGAGAAGAUCAAGGACAAGCUCCCUGGCCAAGGUGAUCAACAUGGACAGGGCGUGCAGCAGCACCACGGCGAAUACAGGCCUGAAUACGGGGAGCACAAAGAGGGACUGGUGGAGAAGAUCAAGGACAAGCUCCCUGGCCAAGGUGAUCAACAUGGACAUGGCGUGCAGCAGCACCGCGGCGAAAACAGGCCUGAAUACGGGGAGCACAAAGAGGGAAUGGUGGAGCAGAUCAAGGACAAGGUCCAUGGCCAAGGUGAUCAAUAUGGAUAUGGCGUAGAGAAGAAGCACCAGGAUGGCCACAUCAGCAGCCGUGACAACUAUUAAACAUCCCAAUAUAGGUGAAUGGGGUUAGCGAGAGGUUAUUUAUGUUUUUGGUUUGGUUAUGGUGUAAUAUCCAUGGUGAAUGGAGAUCCCAAGUAUUAUAUAAUAAAAUCCCUCUCUGUUGUGUACAAUACUUUCAAUGCCAUAUGCUACUUUUUUAGAAUAAA